AUGCCUGAACCACUCCACGCAAACGAGAUCAACUCGGAGACCGACCCCUCAGUCGCAAAACAAUACGACCGCGAGACACCCAAAGAGCAGCAGUGGAAGGAACUGUACGAGAUGAUCGACGGCAAGAAGAUUGGUAUCUUCAGCACUUACCGUGAAGGCGUCGGGCCUGUCGGCCGCUCGAUGGGCGUUGCGAAACGCGUUGGACCCGACAUCCUGUACCUCGCCAACAAGCAUUCGCGGAAGUUCUCAGACCUGGAAAAGAACAAAGAAGUCCAAAUUACCUUUCAAGACAGUAAGACGCAGGACUGGAUCUCCAUCUCCGGGACUGCCACGACCACCAGCAAUGACGACCCUCGCAUCAAGGAACUGUACAGUUCCGCAGUCAGCGCCUGGUUCGGCGACCUGAAGGAUGGCGUCCACGACGGAACGUACAAGGACCCCCGAAUGAGUCUGAUUGAGGUCCAGAGCAAGUAUAUCGUGUAUUGGAAGAAGGAAUCUUCGACUCUAGGAUUCGUGAAAGAAGUUGGCACAGCGGCACUUACUGGCGGCGUUGCUCAGACUGGUGUUCAAAGAGAGUUCUCCGAGGAGGACGUCAAGAAGGAGCGGGUGUGA